GUCCGGACAGGCGGACUUGACCCCUGCUCUGGGCCCCGCGGUCCCGGCGGCUCCGGGCGACCCGCACCGCAUGGAGCCCGCGGAGCGCGCGCAGGCGGCGCGGGACCGCGUCCCCAGGCUUGAUCCCUACGGGUUUGAAAGGCCUGAAGACUUUGAUUAUGCAGCUUAUGAAGAAUUUUUUUCCACCUAUCUGGUGAUUCUGACUCGAAGAGCAAUCAAAUGGUCUAAACUUCUAAAGGGAAGUAGCCGGGUGCAGACAAGUAUGACAGUGAAGCGCUAUAUCCGAAAAGGCGUCCCGCUCGAGCACCGGGCCCGAGUCUGGAUGGGGGUGAGCGGUGCUCAGGCCCAGAUGGACCGAAACCCCGGCUACUACCACCGGCUUCUCCAGGGAGAGAGGAAUGACAGCCUGGAGGAGGCGAUCAGGACAGAUAUGAACAGGACCUUCCCGGAUAAUGUGAACUUCCGGAGGGGCGCCGACCCCUGCUUACAGAAGACCCUGUACAACGUGCUGCUGGCCCACGGGCGCCACAACCAAGGCGUGGGGUACUGCCAGGGCAUGAACUUCAUAGCGGGAUAUCUGAUUCUGAUAACAAAGAACGAAGAAGAAUCCUUUUGGCUCUUAGAUGCUCUUGUUGGAAGGAUACUGCCUGAUUACUACAGCCCCGCGAUGCUGGGCCUGAAGACGGACCAGGAGGUCCUCGGGGAGCUGGUGAGGACCAAGCUGCCGGCAGUGGCGGCCCUGAUGGACGGGCACGGUGUCCUGUGGACCCUGGUUGUGUCUCGAUGGUUCAUCUGCCUGUUCGUGGACAUCCUGCCCGUGGAGACGGUGCUUCGGAUCUGGGAUUGUUUGUUCAACGAAGGCUCAAAGAUCAUCUUCCGGGUGGCCCUGACCCUGAUUAAGCAACACCAGGCUUUUAUUUUGGAAGCCACCAGUUUCGCAGACGUUUGUGAGAAGUUCAAGGAGAUCACCAGAGGGAGGUUUGUGACCGAGUGUCACACCUUCAUGCAGACACAUCAUUGCAGCACUGCAGUUCAUAUGUCAGACCUCCGAGAAGUCCUCAUGAGAACAUCUGGAACUUCCUGGGGAAUAAACACGGGGGUCUCACGUCGGAGCUCAGUGCAAGGGUAAUGGGACACGGACAGCUGGACGCCAAGGUCCUGGCACAUCGCAAGGACUGGAGUUACUUCCCACUUUUCAGGAACGUGGGCGUCACCACGUUAACUGCUCUACCCCGACCUUACAUGCUGUGUGUUACGGACCCACCGAAGAAUUUCUGGAAUGAAAUUUCUUAAAAAACGCUUUAUAAUGCAGCCUUACACUUGGCCUAAUUUAUAACCGUGAAUUUCUCAGCGGUAACUGCACAAAUGAUUAUUAAAUUAUUAUGCACAAAAGAUGCGAUGGCGUGUCCCCCAGUCUAAAAUGUUUGUUCUCAUGCUGGUCAUGACGCUGGCCUCUGAAGCCCCAGGCUGUGGCCGCCGUGGGCUGGUGCCCAGCUCUCCCUCCCUCCCCGAGGCACCAUCUUUCCUCCUCAUCGUGGGGUGCUUUCUCUCUUACUAGAAAUGAGUCUGAGUCUCUUCCUGCUUCCACUUCUCAAAUCUGGUUUCUUACAGUUUCCUUAGUCUGGUCACGGACAGCCCUGACUGGCUUCAGAGCUGCUACAGGACCCACAGUUAAAGGGUCAAAACUACGAGGACAGAGCUCAGGCAACAGAAGCAAAAACAGGCCAACCGGACGACCUCGAACUUAAAAACUCCCACUCAGCAAAGGAAACACAAGACCUGCAGAACGGGAGAGGAUAUUUGCGAACCACGUAUCUGAUAAGGGGUUAAUAUCCAGAACAUACAAAGAACUACAGCUCAACAACAAAAACCCAAAUAAUUCCAUUUAAAAAUAGGCAAAGGCUUCAACAGACAUUUCUCCAAAGAAGACAGAGAUGGCUGACAAGCAUGUAAAGAGAUGCUCAACAUCACUCAUCACGAGCGAAACGCAAAUCAAAACCACACGAGAUGCCACUUCACACCCACGAGGAUGGUCACUGUCAAAACACAGGAGUAAGUGUUGGCGAGGAUGUGGAGAAAUUGGAACCCUCGUGCACUGUUUUUCGGAAUGUAAAAUGCUGCAGCACCUGUGGAAGACAGUACGGCAAUUCCUCAAAAAGUUAAACAGAAUUACCAGAGGAC